AUGAAUUUUGGUUGUCCCACCCCGACUCCCCCAACCUCUCCCCACCCCAUUUGUGCUGAAUUUUGGUUGUCUCACCCCGACUCCCCCCACCACCCCGGCCCCAAAUUGGAGGUGGUUUCUGGAGCCCCACCUGAGCCCAGCCGCGUCCCCAGGGAAGGCGAGGAGCUGGUGCAGGCCAAGCCGGAGCUGGCGGGGGCGGUGCGGCGGCAGCUGGAGGAGCUCAGGAGAUGCUGGCAGGAGCUGGAGAGCACCAGCCAGGCGCGGAGCCGGCGCUGCGAGGCGGCGGCCGCCGAGCGCCUGGCGCGGAGCUUCGCCGACGUGGAGGCGCGGCUGGGCCGGCUCGAGGAGCAGCUGGAGAGCGUCGGGGCAGGCACCGCCGACCUGCGCAGCGUCAGCCGGCAGCUGAACCGGCUGCAGACGAUGGAGUCGCAGGUGGAGGAGUGGUACAAGGAGGUGGGCGAGCUGCAGGCGCAGGCGGCGGCGCUGCCGGCACAGGCGGCCGGGCGCGAGGCGGUGGGCGAGCGGCAGAGCGCGGUGGGGACGCGCAUCGUGCGCCUCAUCGAGCCCCUCAAGGAGCGCCGCAGGAUCCUGCUGGCCUCCAAGGAGGUCCACCAGGUCAGCCAUGAGCUGGAGGACGAGGUGAUGUGGGUCCAGGACCGCCUGCCCUUGGCCAUGCUCAAGGACCAUGGCACCAACCUCCAGACCGUCCAGCAGUUCAUCAAGAAGAACCAGAACCUGCGCCGGGAGAUCCAGGUGCACCGGCCCCGCGUGGACGAGGUGCUGGAGCGCGCGGCCGCCGUGGCGUCCAUCAAGAGCCCCGAGGCCGAGGGCGUGCGGGGCCUCCUGGAGCGGCUGGGGACGCUCUGGGCCGAGCUGCAGGAGCAGACGGAGCGCCGGCAGCAGGCCCUGGACGCCACCUACCAGCUGGAGCAGUACUACUUCGACGUGGCCGAGGUGGAGUCGUGGCUGGGCGAGCAGGAGCUGCUCCUGAUGAACGAGGAGAAGGGAAAGGACGAGCAGAGCACCCUGCAGCUCCUCAAGAAGCACCUGCUCACCGAGCAAACCAUCGACAACUACGAGGAAACCAUCGCCCAGCUCUCCCGGCAGUGCCGCGCCCUCCUGGAGCUCGGCCACCCGCAGAGCGAACAGGUCAGCAGGCGGCAGUCGCAGGUUGACCGGCUGUACGUGUCUCUGAAGGACCUGGUGGAGGAGCGCAAGGUCAAGCUGGAGCAGCAGUACUGGCUCUACCAGCUCAACCGCGAGGUGGACGAGCUGGAGCACUGGAUCGCCGAGAAGGAGGUGGUGGCCGGCUCGCCCGAGCUGGGGCAGGACUUCGAGCACGUCACGCUGCUGCAGGAGAAGUUCCUGGAGUUCGCCAGCGAGACGGGCAGCGUGGGCCAGGAGCGCAUCGCCGCCGUCAACCAGAUGGUGGACGAGCUCAUCGACUACGGCCACACGGACGCCGCCACCAUCGCCGAGUGGAAGGACGGCGUCAACGAGGCCUGGGCCGACCUCCUGGAGCUGAUGGAGACCCGCGCGCAGAUGCUGGCGGCGUCCCACGAGCUGCACAAGUUCUUCAACAACUGCAAGGAGGUCCUGGGGCAGAUCGAGGAGAAGCGGCAGCGGCUGCCGGAGCUGGCGGCGCGCGAGGGCCGGAGCUCGGCCGGCGCCCUGCAGAGGGCCCUGGGCGCCUUCGAGCACGACGUGGAGGUGCUGGUGACGCAGGUGCGGCAGCUGCAGGAGGGCGCGGCGCAGCUGCGGACGCUCUACGCCGGGGACAACGCCGAGGCCAUCGCCGGGCGCGAGCAGGAGGUGCUGCGGGCCUGGAAGGAGCUGCUGGCGGCGUGCGAGGAGUGCCGGCUGCACGUGGCCAGCGUGGCCGACAAGAUCCGGUUCGUGGGCACCGCCAGGGACCUGCUGGCCUGGAUGGACGGCGUGCUCCACCAGAUGGGCGCCGGGGAGAAGCCCAGGGACGUGUCCUCGGUGGAGCUGCUGAUGAACGACCACCAAAGCCUCAAGACCGAGAUGGAGGCGCGGGCCAAGAACGUGGCCACCUGCCUGGAGCUGGGCAAGACCCUCAUCCUCAGCAAGAGCCCCGCCGCCGACGAGAUCAAAUCCCACAUGGAGAAGCUCCUGGCGAAGAAGAAGGAGAUGACGGAGAAGUGGGACAAGCACUGGGAGUGGCUGCAGCAGAUGCGCGAGGUGCACCAGUUCGCGCAGGAGGCCGUGGUGGCCGACGCGUGGCUGACGGCCCAGGAGCCGCUGCUGAAGAGCCAGGAGCUGGGCAGCAGCGUGGACGAGGUGGAGCAGCUGAUCCGGCGGCACGAGGCCUUCCGGAAGGCGGCGGCUGCCUGGGAGGAGAGGUUCAGCUCCCUGCGGCGCCUCACCACGAUCGAGAAGCUCAAGGCCGAGCAGAACAAGCAGCCGCCGACGCCGCUCCUGGCCCGCAAGUUCCUGGGGGAGCCUCCUGGCGGUGCCGACCCUCGGCGGCCGGAGCCGCGCGUCGCCUACGUCCGGCACGAGCUGCGGCCGGAGCGCCUCCAGCCCAAGCUGGACCGUGUCCAGCCGCCGGCCACCGACGGGGCGCUCACCGAGCCGCCCCCGGCCGCCGUCACCGCCGUCACCGCCGCCGUCACCGCCGCGGCCGCCGAGCCUCCGGCAGCCACCAAGGCCGAGGAGCCCGGCGAGGCGCGGCCGGAGCGGCGCCGGGAGCGCCGGGAGCGCCGGCUGGAGCGGCAGGAGUCCAGCGAGCCGGAGCCGCCGCGGCACGACGGCAAGGGCGGCGGCAGCAAAGCCACGCUGGCCGACAUCGUGGAGCAGCUGCAGGAGAAGGAGGCGGGCGGCCCCGUGCCGGCUUCGCCCCGUGACCGUGACUCCCCCGCCCGUCUCCCCGCCGGCCCCGAGGCCCUGCCGGAGAGGACGCCUCGUCCGGAGCGUCCCCGCGCGCGGGACCGGCCCAAGCCGCGCCGCCGGCCGCGCCCCCGGGACUCGGCGCAGGGCCCGGGGGAGCCGCGGCGCUCGCGGUCGGCGCCGGCGCAGGGCAGCGCGCCGCCGCCGCCGCCGCCGCCCGCCCACACCGUGGCGCACGAGGGGUUCCUGCUGCGCAAGCACGAGCUCGACGGCGCCGGCAAGAAGGCGUCCAACAGGUCCUGGGUCAACCUCUACUGCGUCCUGGCCAAGGGCGACCUGGGCUUCUACAAGGACGCCAAGGGCCCCGCGACCGGGGCCACGCACGCCGGGGAGCCCCUGCUGAGCCUGCACCGCGCCGCCGGCGAGGUGGCCAACGACUACAAGAAGAAGAAGAACGUCUUCAAGCUCAAGACCGGCGAUGGGAGCGAGUUCCUGCUGCAGGCCAAGGACGAGGAGGACAUGCAGGGCUGGCUGCGGGCGCUGGCCGCCAGCGCUCAGGAGCACGCCGAGCUGGCCCGCUGGCAGCAGGGCCUCCUCACCACCUCCUCCACCGACGAGGGGCUGCCCCGCCGCGACCCCGACCGGCCCCGGCGGAAAUGAACCCCCCGAGCCCCCACUCUGGGCUCUCGGCCCCACAAAAAUCCCAAACUUUGGGGUCCCGGCCCCCCCGAAAAAACCUGAAUUUUGGGGUCCCACCUCCUCCACCACGAGCCCUGGGUUUGGGGUCCCGAGCCCCGAUUUUGGGGUCCAGGUCACCCCAAACUCUAAUUUGGGGGUCCCAGCAUCCUCUGAACCUUGGUUUUGUGGUCCUGGCUACUCCCAAAACCUUCAUUUUGGGGUCCUGGUCCCCCCAAAAUCCGAGUUUGGGGUUCUGGCCACCCCAAAAUCUGAGUUUGGAGUCCCGGCCUGCCCAAAACCUCAAUUUUGGGGUCCUGGCUCCCCCAAAACCCAAAUUUUGGGGUCCCGGCCCCCCCUUCCCCCCAGCACAAGCCAUAGAAAGCCGGGGGGGCCCCAGCGCCGCCGUUGUACAAAUGUAAUAAAGCACCCGCUGCACCCCAAAA